AUGGACGCGCCUUCCGCAGCCAGGAGUGCUGAGUGGAACGAACCACGAGGAGGAGCGGGGGAGGCGCCGAGGGCAGUGGGUCAGCGCCCCGCGGGGCAGGUGGGCGGGCCCCACCGCCCCGAGCCGGCCCGCCAGCCAGUCAGCGGGCGCGGGGGGCGGGCCGGAGGGCGCGCGCGCCGCGCCCCGCAGCGCCCCCUGAGGGGCGGCGGCGGGAGCUGGUUCCGGCUGCGCCGGCUGGAGCGGCAGCGGCGGCCGGGUACGGCGCGAGGCGACGCCACAGAGCAGCGGCGGCAGCGGGGACAGCGGCGGCAGCCGGAGACGCAGCGGCGGCCGCAGCAGCAGCAGCAGCAAGACGGACUCGUGGACACGCGCCGCCGCCGCCGCCGCCGCCGGGCCGGGCCGGGUGUCGCGCGCCGAGGCUGGGGGGGAGCCGUCGCCGCCACCGCUACCGCCGCCGCCGCCGCCGCCGAGGUGACUGAGGAGAGAGGCGCCUCCUCGCUCCCGCCGCCGCCGGACUUCAAUGCCCAGUCCCCAGCUCGCCAGCGUUUUUCGUUGGAAUAUACGUUGCACAUUUAUGGCGAUUCUGAGCGUGAGGGCAGACUUCUGCCAGGCUCAGCACAGCGUUUCCGCUGACAAGUGAGCUUGGAGGUUCUAUGUGCCAUAAUUAACAUUGCCUUGAAGACUCUGGACACCGAGACUGGCCUCAGAAAUAGUUGGCUUUUUUUUUUUUUUUAUUGCAAGCAUAUAUCUUUUAAUGACUCCAGUAAAAUUAAGCAUCAAGUAAACAAAAGUGGAAAGCGACCUACUCUUUUAACUUGUCUCACUAGUGCCUAAAUGUAGUAAAGGCUGCUUAAGUUUCGUAUGUAGUUGGAUUGUUUUGGAGUCCGAAGGUAUCCAUCAGCAGACAUUGAGGCCCAAAUUGAAUUUGGAUUCAAGUGGAUUCUAAAUACUUCUGCUUAUCUUGAAGGGAGAAGCUUCUUAAAGAAUAAACAAGUUGAAUAGAGAAAACACUGAUCUAUAAUAGGCAUUUUAGUGGUCUUUUUAAUGUUUUCUGCUGUGAAACAUUUCAAGAUUUAUUGAUUUUUUUUUUUUUUCAUUUUCCCCAU